AUGCGACUUGCUUUCCUCCUGCUUGCCGUUUCACACUUUAUCUGCGGGAACGCACUACCAACAAACGUGAAGAGCUCGCCAGUGGUGUCGCCUGGUCUAAUCCAGUCGUUUGACAAUGCGCAGAAACCCGUCGUCAUGAGCAGAAAACUUUUGCGCACUGAUGAACGUUUGAGCGAAGCCAAUGAAGAGAGAACCAAACUGAGUGAGCUGUUCCGUCUCGACGACGAUGAAGUGGCGGCGAUCAAGGAGCUAUCUUCGAUGUUCUCGGCAUUCCUGCAGAAGAAGAGCCAGGCAUUUGAUGUAUACGAUGAAAUAUUUCGUUCGGGAUAUCCGAUUGAUACAGCCGCAAGAAUCAGCAACCUAUAUACCAAGUAUCUUAAAGACCCUCAAGCUUUUCGUGGCCCAUAA